GUGUGCCAGUCUGCACCGAGAUUCCGGCGCGAAUCGUUCUUCUUCGUCGCGGCGUCACGCCAACUCCUAGAUGGAUGUUGCUGAACCGCAUUCUCGUGUCAACGAUUUACAUCGUCGCGCAAUUCCUCGCAGUCUGUCCAGCCUUCGUGGAAGGACGGCAAUCGAGGAAUCUGGAAAUAUUGGGGCAAAUAUCGGGUCACCAUCACGGCACGCAGUAUGCAUCGAUAUCGGACAAUUACAAGAACAACUCAGACCUGCCCAGGUUCGCUGAAGAAAUUCAGAACGUGACCGUAAGCAAAGGUCGAGAUGCUUUGUUAGCCUGUAUAGUGGACAAUCUACGAACCUAUAAGGUGGCAUGGGUGCGCGUCGAUACACAGACAAUCCUGUCCAUCCACCAUACCGUGAUCACGCAAAACCCACGGAUCUCAUUGUCGUACAACGACCACCGAACAUGGUACCUUCAUAUAAAAAAGGUUGAAGAAGUGGAUCGUGGAUGGUACAUGUGUCAGGUGAACACAGAUCCGAUGAGAAGUCGACAGGGCUACCUGGAGGUUGUAGUGCCGCCUUCCAUUAUCACGAAGGAAACGAGCACAGACAUGGUCGUCCGCGAAGGCUCGAACGUGACGUUGACGUGUAAAGCUUCAGGCUAUCCGGAACCUUACAUCAUGUGGCGCAGAGAAGAUGGAAAGAACAUAAACUACAACGGGGAUAACGUAAACGUGGUGAAUGGCGAGGUGCUGCAUAUUGUGAAGAUAAGUCGAUUGCACAUGGGAUCAUACUUGUGCAUCGCUUCGAACGACGUACCACCGCGAGUUAGUCAACGCAUAUCUCUUCGUGUGCAGUUUCCUCCUAUGCUUUCGAUACCAAACCAGCUGGAAGCGGCAUAUAUUGGACAAGAUGUCACGUUGGAAUGUCACACCGAAGCUUACCCUACCUCGAUUAAUUAUUGGACGACCGAACGCGGUGACAUGAUCGUCUCUGGCAAUUACCAUUCUAUUGUAGGCGAUAAAUAUGAGGCGGUUUCCACCGACAACGGCUACAACAAGUACAUGAUGCUGAAGAUUAGAAAUGUCGGCCCGAGGGACUUUGGUUCAUACAAAUGCGUGGCGCAAAAUUCUCUUGGCGGAACAGACGGUGACAUCAAAUUGGAUGAAAUCCCAGCACCAUCAACCACGUCUACUACACCACCGCCUUACCACGUGACCUCAUCAAUGAAGAAGAAUGGUAGAAACGGUAACAAGAAAUUACGACAACGACCUAUCGACUACGAGGUCGAGGAAUGGCGAAAUUCAGGAAACUUAAUGAUUAUACGCAGAGAAAUAUUUUUUCAUUUGAGAGAAACUAUUCAGGCUAGGAAGAGUUACACAUCGUACUCUCAUUACGACAGAGAUUACGAUCCGCCAUCGAUGAGGCCGCCAGGCGAGCUUCCGGUCGACGCCCUAAGUCCGGGCGUUUCCCAUCGGGCUCAACUCGUUCUUCAUCUUUUGGUGAGUCUGCUGUCACUGCUACUUCCAGCCAUCAGAAGGUGAUUCUCACGUCGCGGGAACGGGGCUUCCAGUUCUAGUGUUUAUUGGACGGUGACCAGACCGGAGACGGCUACCAGUUUCCGGUACGCCGGCUUCGGCUGGAUGAUGGACGAGUGCGACGAGACAAGACGCGCUUGAAAUUAUUUUCAUACUAAACGUAGACGUAUACAGAGAGCAAAAAAAAAAGAGAAUAUUAUAUAUAAUAUAUAUAUAUAUAAAUAUAAAUAAAUAUAUAAAUAAAUAUAAAUAUGAUAUGUUGUGUAAGUAUACUUACAGUGAGUAUGAAGGAAUUCCUAGGCUUUUAUGAAUGACGAUGAUUUUGUGGCGCGCGACAUCUUUGCAUUCGAGAAAAGACUUCGUCCUCUCUUGUCAUGUGUGAAUCGAGUAUUCGCGUUUAGGAAAAGAGAAAAGACAAAGAAAAGAGACGAAAAAAUAGAACUUUUCGUAUCGACUAGAAGGAUUUGAUUGCGUAUGAUAAUAGGUUACGCCAACGGUUUUCAGCCGAUAUUAACGCGACACAUCGAUGUUCCGCGAGAAAUUCGACGGUUGUGUCGUCUGGUAUAACGCGUUAUCGCUUUAAAUGUUCCGCCAAAAACGAGUUUUAUAAUCAAAUGUGUGUCGCGAAUUUUCCCGAGGCGGCUGAGAAUCACUGGCCUCGAAACGACUCGAGUAGUUCCGUUAGUUCUGUAGUAUUACGAACUCGUCUAUACGAGUUUCUUCGUUUCUUACCUAUGUAAAUACCAUUGAUUUCACGAUUCUCCAAGAUGAUUCAACGUUCUAUAGAUAUUCCUCUCCAUUGUAAAGUUCAAUCGUUACUCGUGUUCAUUUCAUUAUCAUUAUAUCGUUCACGUUGGUUAAAAAGACAAAUGUUCCUCUUUGUAAAACCAAACACAUACUUCUCUUGUAUCAUGAGGACAAAAAUUUCUUUUAUCAUCGAACCAGGAUAAUUAAAAAUUGUUCUGAAUCGUAGUAAGUCCAAAAAAUGAGAUGACAAAGUACGUAAAUCAAUUCGGUUCGACAAGAAGAAAAAUUAUUUUCUAACGAUUUUACGUACUUUCCAUCCGUAAAACCGAUCUCAUAGCUCGUGAAACGAACAACCAGUUGUCAACGUUGGGUCCUCAUCGAUGCAUUUCGUAACACGAUGACUCACGAUGACGUUAGUUAUAAUCUAGUCGAGCGAACAAGGCACAACUGUAUUUCGGUACAUGUAAUGAUAUAUACGUACGCAUGAAAGAAUAAACGAAAAAUGCAUAAUUAUCCAUUAUAUACACAGGAACAUAUAAUAUACAUAAUAUAUCGAAUCGUAGUUGUGUUGAGAUACGCGCUCUUAGGUUUCAUCAUUAGCUGUUUCUGACUGGCGCAAACGUGCAUGCACUGAUACAAAACGCUAGUCGUACAUACGUAAACAUUGCGGACGCGUUCGCGAAUGCGAUUCGACGCGAUUUAAGAUAAAAAUCGUGUGAGUUAUUGCAUACUAGAAGCGAAGAAACACGAUGAUGAUGAUGAUGUUGCGUAGCCCCGAAUCAUCGACGACGGUGUCUUCGUGCAGAGAGCUUCGUCGUUUCAGUUUCAAUUACGCAUCAGCGAAGAGAAUUCGUGAUCCUCCUGCAAGGCUACACGUCGAUGACAAUAUUUUUAGCUUUAACGAGACUUAAAGUAGAUUUAACGAUCUAUAGAGCGAACAAUAUCAGGAAAAUUAGUCAUCAAUUAAUGAAACAUGGGCCAUUUUUCGAUAGAAUCCUUGACCCAUUUUGCUUUCUUCUGCAUGAACAAAUUUAUUCUUACUACUCUUGAUUCGCAUAAUUUUCUGUAAAUACCAAAUAAGUAGAAGCUUGAUACGAUAUUUUGAACCUUUGUGAUGCAAGUUCACAGAACUUUCUCUGUGAACGAACUCUAUUUCGAGUUUCGUUCGAGUCUAACGUAGAUCUGGUAACAACAGUGUAGAUGCAGUGCACUUGGAAAGUCUUGAAUCGCCCAUUUUUAUCAGAAGAAUUUGUAAAUGUUUUUGUUCUUUCGUUUGCAAAACGAAUUUUCAUAUUUUUUCGGAAAAUUUUACUUCUUAGUAACACAGUGUCUUCUAUGAAACUUCUACAUUUUAAUUUCAGUUAUUUUAUAAAAAUUUUCAUAGGAUCCUUGUAAAUAAUCCUCCAGUCUUAUAAAAUUCACAAAAAGAGGGUCAUUUCGUUUUUAUCAUUAUGUCUGUCACUUGAUACUGUUAGAUGAUUCGAAACUUUUUAAAUGGAAGUGAACAUGUUCGAAAGAGCUAUGUAGCAUUUGGACAUGUUACUAGAGUUCCAUACGGAACUCGAGUAUAAAGCACGAGAAAGAAACGUAACGCGUCUUUGCCGAUUGAUUGUUCUGUAAAUAUUGUAGAUACGUUAUGCUGUGAUUAAUCUGAAUCGUCGUCUAUUAAUCACGGUGAUGAUUCGAGGCUGCGAUUGUUGACGCUAAAAAAGUGCAAAAAGGCAAGUGUUGUGAAUAGCGUAUUACAGCGACCGUACGAAAUGUUAUGGCGAUGAUCGUAUGAGAAACAUCGUUCAGUAGAAAAGAAAAACCAAAAAAAAAAAAAAAAAAAAAAAAAAAAAAAAAAAAAAAAAAAAAAAAAAAAAAAAAAAAAAUACGAGUCGAGGCUACAGCGAUUAUAGAUAUGUCGUAUUGAAUUAUUAUAAUAACGUUAUUAAUGUAUCAUGCCCGAUGGUUUCACUAUGUCGAACGAUUUUUAUGAGUUACAACCGGAUAUCGAAAAACGAUCCGUGAAACGAGCAUUAGAAAUAGAUGGUGAAAUUGUCGGACUGAAUAUCUUAAUAAAUCGAAUACACGACUGCCAUUAUAAA